AUUGACGACAUGACGUCAUAAGACUGCGCCGCUCCUGCAUCUGUUGUGAUUCUGCUGAAGAAAGAUGGAGUUUAAUAAAGAGGAGGAGGCUGAAGACAUAAAGAUGGAGUUUAUUAAAUAUGAGACUGAAGACAUGAAGAUUGAAGAAACAAUCAGUGUGAAACAUGAAGAUACUGAGGAACAAACAGACCUAAUGACACUGAAAGAGGUGAGUCAUGAACUUAAUGAAAGGGAAGAAGAGAAAAAACAUAAUGAUUUCAUGACUGGGGAAAGAGCGACACAGGCUGAAAAGUCUUCCUCACGAAAAAGAGCUCAAAAGACAGGAACUAAAAGUUAUUUCACCUGCCAACAGUGUGGAAAGAGUUUUAAACAACAUAGAUACCUUAAAGUCCACUUGAGAGUUCACACUAGAGAGAGCCCCAUCACUUGCCAACAGUGUGGAAAGAGUUUCACACGUGAAGACUACCUUAAAGUCCACAUGAGGAUUCAUACGGGAGAAAAGCCUUACACCUGCCAACAGUGUGGAAAAAGUUUCAGUCAAAAAGCAUACCUUAUAGUCCACAUGAGAAUUCACACUUUAGAGAAACCUUUCACCUGCCAACAAUGUGGACAGAGUUUCAGUCAAAGAGGACACCUUAAAGACCAUAUGAGAAUUCACACUGGAGAGAAACCUUUCACCUGCCAACAAUGUGGACAGAGUUUCAGUCAAAAAGGAAGGCUUAAAGUCCACAUGAGAAUUCACACUGGAGAAAAGCCUUACACCUGCCAACAAUGUGGAAAGAGUUUCAGUAGAAGAGGAAGUCUUACAGCCCACAUGACAAUUCACACUGGAGAGAGCCCAUUCGCCUGCCAACAGUGUGGAAAGAGUUACAAAGAAAAAGGAAAACUUGGAAUCCACAUGAGAAUUCACACUGGAGAAAAGCCUUACACCUGCCAACAGUGUGGAAAGAGUUUCAGUAGAAGAGGAAGUCUUACAGCCCACAUGACAAUUCACACUGGAGAGAGCCCAUUCGCCUGCCAACAGUGUGGAAAGAGUUACAAAGAAAAAGGAAAACUUGAAAUCCACAUGAGAAUUCACACUGGAGAAAAGCCUUACACCUGUCAAGAGUGUGGAAAGAGUUUCAAUCUAAAAGGAACUCUUACAGCCCACAUGAGAACUCACACUGGAGAGACCCCAUUCGCCUGCCAACAGUGUGGAAAGAGUUUCAGUCGAAAAGAUAAACUUGAAACCCACAUGAGAAUUCACACUGGAGAAAAGCCUUACACCUGCCAACAGUGUGGAAAGAGUUUCACUGUAAAAGGAAACCUUAUAGCCCACAUGAGAACUCACACUGGAGAAAAGCCUUACAUCUGCACUCUGUGUGGGAAUGGCUUCGCACGGGAACUAAGCCUUAGGGAACACAUGAAUAUUCACACCGGAGAGAAGCCUUUUACAUGUGAUCAGUGUAGAAAGAGUUUCAGACAUAAUAUGACCCUUUAUAACCACAUGAAAAUUCAUACUGAAGAGAAGCCAUUCAUUUGUGAUAAGUGUGGUAAGAGUUUCAGAUUUAAAGGUAACCUUAAGAGCCACACGAGGAUUCACUCGAAAGAGAACUCUUAGAAGUCGUCACUGUGGAAAUAGCAGAGGUGUAAAGAGUACCUAAAAACAAUACUUGAAUUAAAGUUCAGAUACCUUAUCUGCCUCAUCUCCUAAAUCAAACACCUUUAAUUCACAACUACCUGCUAAUGUACUUGCAUUCGUGUAAAGUAGCCUUGUUGACAAGUUUGGGUGGGUAAAGGCAAACAUACAAGAUAUAAUACCUUCAAUGCCAUCUUUAUAGCAGGAACUGCUGCAGAAAAUGUAGUGAAGUAAAGUAUAUUUACUUGUUCCAAAAUGUUGUCAAGUAGAGAGUAAAAGUUUCUAAUAUCUUUGAUACAAAGUAGCCAAGAAGAUUUACUCAAAUACUUGACACUACUGGGAAAUAGUUUCACAGACAGGAAAACUAUGAGAAUCGUGUAAUAACUCACCAGAGAGUUCCCAUGUCUUCAGUGUGAGAAGAGCAUCCCAUAUCAAAAAGACCUGUGCCUCGUAAGAAUAGUCUUAAGCUUUGACUUAAGUGUCAAAAAAUUCUUAGUAAAAAGUAGGACUUUUCUAAGAGUAAGAGACUUUUACAAAGAAGCUAAAAACAAAUAUCAGUAAAGUCUAAGACUAAUUUUUAAGUGCUGAUUGAGGUGGUACUUUAGUGUGGUGAACUAAGGACUAAAAAUGAUAUCAACUGUAACGACAGAUAAAUCAGACACAAUUAUUUGUCAUAUUUAACAAAUAAUCUUUAAAAGGACCAACUUGGGCAAGGGCCUUAGUAACCAUGGAUACCAACUGAUAAGGUGGUUUAUUGCCCUCCCAGCCAUCUGGAAAAGCAGAGGCUUUAGGAAAAACCCAUAGCCCUUAAAACCUAUAUCAGGUUUGGGGUUUCUGAGUUUGUAUUUUGAAGAUUUAAAUGCUUGUGUAUAUGAUAUGUUGAUACCUAUGCAACAUAUUAGAAUGACAAGAAUCUUUAAUAGUUUGUUCUUCAAUAACCCAGCCAAACACAAUAACCCAGCCAAACACAAUAACCCAGCCAAUAACAAUAACCCAGCCAAAUACAAUAACCUAAUAACCCAGCCAAAUACAUAGGCAAACACCCUGCGACAGACACAUUGAGCCAUAAAAAAUCCACAGAGGAAUUUCCCACUUAGAAAUUCUACCUUUCUCAUUGGUCAAGUCAACCCUAAGAGGUGCGAAUUCUCCCAGACCUUAAAAGACCCCACCCAGUUCGUUCCCUCUCUCUUGCUCCUGACUGAUUCUCUGUAGCUCCUGGCCGCUAGGUGGCCUCGACCUGCCCCAGCCAUGUGCUCACCUAGAAGAGAGAGAGAACUCUUCCCCAAGACAGAAGAAAUCCAUUGUAUCUUCAGCACCAUCGGACCAAACUCUUAAAGACUCUCUGUGGUGAAAAUCAAAUUUUUAAUGUUAACUAAUGUUUAUAUGUCUAUGUGGUGUUUUUAAUAUGCUUUAAGACAAAACAUGUGCAAAUUCAAGAAUCAGCACCAUUGCUGAGUAUUUACUGUUUAAAACUGCAGUGAAAAAAAGAAAGUCUCAAGCCCGCGGUUUGAAAUCAAAGGAAAGCAUAUUUACAUUGCCUGAAUCGUUCCUUGCUCUCUAUACAGUGCACUACUUGCCAUUCACCAUGUAGAAACUAGUAAAUAUGUGAAGAAAUUACCAAUUUCAGCUGCAGCUUUAGCAUCUGUAAGGGGCCGUUUUUUUUUUUUUUUUUUGCCCUCAUAGUUUACUGACAAGGUUUGUACUGUAAAUGUGAUUGACUGUUAAAGGUGGGAUAUUUUUUCCUAUUGAAAGAGUGAUCUGACAUAACAGUUCACUUUCAGCAGUUAUUUUAUCUAUGGUUCGUAACAUUUCUUACAGAUUUCUGCUCGUUGUAAAUCAGAUACAGAUAAAUUAGCACAUUACCAGUACAUAAUGAGAGCGAUUGCGUGUGUGAAUUAGUCAUACCGUAUCUUUAUUAAUUGUGAAGCUGUGGGUUGUAAAUAGUUCCUUCAAAAGCAGAAAAAUAUAUGCUAUAAUAAGUUUUAAGGUACUUGCGUGAUAAAUCACAGGACAACGCUGACAACUAGUUUCUGCGAUCCUCUCUGUGCGCGAGAUCUUCACGUUUUGUGCAGCUACUGUUUGUAUGAGUGUUCGUGCCACAAUGCAGCUGCGUGAGCACGGUAGCUCGAUAUAAUAAUACACAUCCGAUCGUCUAAAUCGCUUGAAUGUCCAAACUGGCAAACCUACAACUGACAAAGUUUAGUGAAAACGCAAGGCUCACCACUCGCGCGCCGUCUCUGUGUUGACUCUAGGUGUUGCCUGGAUGGGGCGGAGUUACGUAGCUACGCACGCGGUAGUAUGUUUUUAUGUACGAAGUAUUAACAGGAUUAAAAAACGAAAUGACCGACAUGGGAAAAGACGCCGUAUCAAGUUAAAAGAAUUUCAACUUUUAAAAGAGCAUAAUUUCUGAUGAGCAGAUUUCUCACGCCGUUGUUUCAGUGUCCCUCUGCACAUGGAUGACGGGCACAGUGAGUGUGUGCGAUGUCUGGGCAAGUCCCACACAGAAGCCACGCUCACUGAAAUGACCUGCUCUUAUUGCGAGAGCACGAGUGUAGCCUCCUUGUUGCUCGCGGAUAGCAUUCUUUUCAGAACGCGACUCUGUCCCUCACGCCCUCCCAUUUUUCUUCCUCCCAGGAGACCUCUCAAACCCAUCCUCGACCUCAGAUAUUUGAAUCAGGCCCUGAUAAAGCGCUCAUUCAAGAUGAUUACUUUGAACAAAUCUUCUUGCAAAUUUGCCCAGGAGAUUGGUUCUUUUCUCUAGGCUAUCUCUGGUUCGCUACACUUUUACGAAGUGUAUGGAUGCGGUUCUCUCCCCUCUCCCCUCAGAUGGGAGUAUGCAUACUCUACUAACUCUACAACUGGUUUGUUAUGGCCCAGUCAGAGGUGGAGCUAGUGUCACACAGAACCCUUCUCCUCAACCACUUAGAGUGCUUGGGGCUCAGGGUCAAUUUUCCCAAGAGCUCAUUAUCUCCCAGCCAACGGGUCUCCUUCCUGGGUAUAAUUCUCGACUCAACCUGCAUGAAGGCUGUAAUCUAGCCAGAGCAAUCCCUUUCAGAGGAUGCUAGGUCUCAUGAGCUGAGCAUCACCAGCCCUGCAGUUGUGUCUGCUUCAUAUGCGCCCACUGCAGUUCUGACUGAAACCUCGAGUCCCGGCCCAAGCCUGGCAGCUGAGAGCAGCACACAUUCAGGGCGUAUUGAACACAGGGGUGGACAUGCUGUCCCGGAGCAACCUUCCCACAGAGGAAUGGUCGCUUCACCCCCUUAUAGUCCAGGGAAUUGGGGAUGUCUUUGGAAGGGCAGAUGUCGACCUCUUCGCCUCACAAGACAACUAUCGUUGCCCAACUUAUUUUUCAAAGACCAGGGGUGUGCUGGCCCAUGUUUUUUUUUUUUUUUUUUUACUUCUUGUUAGCAGCUUUUUCAGCGUCGGGCCAAACCAUUAUCUUUGCUUUCCCAUUCCAUUCUGUGCUAUUCGUUUUCCACUGUGGGGCUGAUAACGGUGCUCUUCAGUCGUUGCCUUAGUAACACAAGAUUUUACACACGAUAUGCUAUGUAAAUAGUGACCUCGUUAUGUAGGAUGAUCAGUUAUUUCUUUUAAUUGUAUGAUCAAUUUGUGUUCAUGUUGCUCAAAUAUCAUGUUUAGCAAGCUACGGAGAAACUGGCAGCCAGACGACAGACAAGUGACUGUUUCUGAUUGAUGACGUCACUACUCGCAUUCUAGCAGUAGCCUACGGUUCGGCACGGUUGGCUAAUUCCGAUGACUACGGUGUCUUCAAGUCACCGAUUUUUCGGGAUGCACUAUACUAUGAGCACCUGUUGCAAGCACUUCUCAGUGCGCUGCUCGAAAGUUCUGUUGCCCCCCCUUAGUAGCACGGUGUGAUUAUAUUGUUCCGUAGCGUCUUACCUUAGUAAGAAAAAUGACGCAGUACGAGUGUAGUAUCGAAAGGUAAAGUACUCGGUUACUAAUGUAACCUUUGUUCCUUUAGAUAUGGAACGAGUACUGCAUACUUUGCCGCGCUACUCGCGAGGCACCUAAUGCCAUUGCUUCAGUCAGAAUAAAAUCUGCUUAAAUAGCCCGAUUCCCCGCCCAUUUUGGCGGGCUCGCUCACCAUUGGCUUGGUUUGAUUACUUUAACUUCAGGAACCAAUGGCCAUGCAGUUUCACUGCGUGAUUGAAAAAGGCUUCAGUAAUCAGAGAAAAAAAGAGUUUUCCCCCCGUAGCAUCUUGUUUUAGAAAGACAAAUGACGCAGUUCUCGUUCCGUAUCUAAGGGAACUGAGGUUACAUUAGUAACCGUGUACUUUCAUUAUGUAGUUACUAUGGCUUUACUACAAAAACCAUAGUUAAACUAUGGUUACUGUAGUAAAACCAUAGUUUUACUAUAAAAAUCAUGGUUACUACAAAAAACAUGGUUGAGUUUCAUAAGGGUGAGCGUUUGAAAGGAUACUGAUUGUUAGAAGGCAGCUGUCUGACUCUGAGAUGAACGGCGUGUGUAACAUUAGCAACACGUUAUUAGCUGUUUGAUAACGUAGUCAAGCAAAAGGCUAAUCAUAUUAAUUCAUAUUAAUUAAUGACAGAACCGUCGCAAGGGCUGUGCCAAGUGUGCGAGCGCAUAGGGGCUCACACUAAAGUAAAGUGACAGCUGACGUGAAGUAAAGCCAAUAAAGAUCAUGUUUUUGUCCUUCGAAAUAUUUUAAUACUAUAAAACAUAGCUAAAACAAUAUUGCUCUGAGUGUGUGACCGUGAUUCAUGUGCAUAUUCAGUGUGUCCUCGCACACCAAGUUCUGAGAGCUAUUCAGUCCAUUAUAAAUUCGAGAGCAGUCCAAAUGUUUUGCAGAGGCGUUUUACCAAUUCAUAAUUUAAAACACAAUUUAAGCGUCAGAACAUAUGAGCAGUUCAGUUGCAGAGCUGUUAAACUGAAUAUACGAAGCGAAGCAAGCUUUUUUCUUAAAUAUCCACAACACAAACAACAAAUUGCUCGUAUCCAAUAAAAUAAGUUUUUUUAUUGUUAAAACCGCCUCCUGUGAGGCUCAUGUGAGAGUGCGCGCACACACACACACACACACACACACCUCAUUUACAUUUAGUUCAUCCUCUCUAAUCUACAUGUAGCCUGUACUGGUGAUUAUACUGGAUUUAAUACAGAUCACUGCUUUGAUAUCUUAAAUAUGAGAUGAUUCUGUAUUAUGACGACAACCCUACUUUGUGCUGCUCUUUAUUUCGAAUGGUUUUGUGAUCAUUGUCUCUUCUGAUCUAAUUUCACUACUGCAGUGUACUUAUUAGAAAAUCAAACUCUCAGUUCAUAUAUAUUAUAUUGCUGUAGUUAUUUAGCAGCAGUGGUUGAUGAAGAUGAGUGUCAUUAGUGUGUUUUUGUAUUAUUGGUGUUUUAUCCACAUCAUGUUGUGAGAAAUAACAGUAUUGUCUUUAAUUAAAGAAGUUUUAUAGGAUUUUCUCACAUAUCCUGACUCCAAUAAUCAGUUUCUAACAGCAAACACUCAGAAUAAAGUGAGAUGAUCUGCUAA